UGCACACUGCAGGCAACUGGCACACUCUGUUCCCACCAGUGGGUAGGUGGACAAGUUCCCUAAAGGUUAGGCCUAGGCCUUCUGCUCCUCUUGGCCCUUGGACAAACCCACAACCCCUUGCUGAGAGCAGAGAAAUGGGCAGGGGCUGAACAUCUUUUAUUUUGCUUUUCAGUGCAUGAGGAAUCCAGGCUGCACUCCUUAAUGGGUUGGGGAACAACCAGCUCUGACCAGAGAACUGGAGUCUGUCUCCUUUCCUGGUGGCUGCCAGCAGCCUGACCUGCAUACAUGGGAGGAAAAACCUGUGUUGGAGGCACAUGGUUUCCACUUGUGCAGGAGCUCCCCCUGCCCUUCUCAGCCCCACAGAGGCCUAGAGUCCUUCCCAGUGGCUCCCAGUUGGUACCCAGUGUGUGGCUAAGUUGGCUAAUGCAUUUCUUUGGUGUGUGACCUAGGAACGGUGUCUAGGGAGACUUGGAUACCUGAGGUGAUGUUCAGACCAUUGAUGGGAGGAGAAGGUGACUAGAAGAUGAUGUCACAUAGUCUUGAUCAUUCCCAAACCAAACCCCAGAGGUUUCCACAUACCAUGUGACUCAUGAUUGGCUCUCAAGAGUUGGUGGUACUAAAUUCACUGGAGAUCAAAGAAUAUGGAGUUUUAUAGCAGGUUGGGCCCAGUCAGGGAAAACACCGAAUGGAAAUGUGAUGUUGGGUGUUGCAACCCCAAAGUAUUCCUGGUCAGCUUCUUUCCCUUCUGCCUGCAUCUUGGCAGACAGAGAGCAUGAGGUUCAGCCUGGCUCCCAACUGAUGCAAGCUGGAGGAAGUGCUGGGGAUUAUUUUUGCUGGAAUUGUAGGAGAGCUUCAUUGGGGACCACAGUGUCCUAGUUUAAAAUCUGAGUGCAAUGAUGCAUUGGGCACCCAUGUUUAUAGGCUCCCUGAGGCAGGCUGUCUCAUCACCUCUGCAUGCCAACAGCCAGCACAAUAAAGGCCUGAUCCUCACAGCUUUUUUUUUUUUUUGGUCACUUCAGUAAUAGUAAUGAUUAACAGUAAUUAUCAGGACAGUAAUGGGAGUGUCCCGUGAUGCUGGUGGAUGGGGGAAUUCCACCAAGCGCAUCUGCUCCCUUGCCUAGCACUGGUUACCAGGCCAAACAAAUACACCGGGGACCCGUGGCGCUUUCCUAGAUUUGGUUUCUGGAGCAUGUGCUGGCAAAGCUGGUUUCAGGUGACUUGCUGUUUACUCUGUCAUCCCUAAUGACACACAGCUCCUGUCCGGGGUGCCCCAGCUCCCUGUGCGCGUGGCUGGCGUGCAGGUGACGCUCUUGUAGCCAAAAUGUGGAGGCUGUGGACGGCUGAAGUGCUGGUGAUGGAGCAGGGCCUGGAGCACAGGGUGAGUCACAGCUCAGGGCUACACCUCAUUCAGCAGGCCAAGCACAGGCUGGGAAGUGCCCACCAGGCAGCUCUUCCUCUGCUGGUAUAUGCUUGAUACAGAUGAGCAAAAUAUGUAUCAAGGGCCAAAACAUGCUUGCCAGGGGGAUUGGAGCCAAUGUAGCCGAGACCUGCAAUGACCGAGGUUCCCAGAUGGAGCAGGGAAAAGGCAAGGGCUCUGCUGAUGUCUUGAGUGCAGCACGUAUUGCUUAGGCUUUACUAGCCUUAGAGGCUGGCCCUGUGCUUAGCAGGUCUGUGAUUCCCAGUGACAGUGCCUUCCUCUUGUCCUCCCCGUGCUAGCACCAGCUGUCCCGAUGGGAGGUACAGGGGAGGGAUGGAGGGUAGUGGUGGAGAGCCCACAGCCAGGAUGGACUGCUACGGAGAAAGCUCCACAGCAGUGGUGAGUCACACCAGUCCCCACAGUGGUGGGUUUGCUGUCAUUUCACUGUCCUGAGGUGGAUGUCACUCUCUGGGCAGAGCUGUUGAGCGGGUGGGCCAUGUGGUCAUCCACCAGGAACACGCUGUCACAUAACAAUUUCCAUUCUCUUGGCGACUGCUUCACCCAGGUGUGCAAGUGGUGAGCUGCCAGAGAGGGCAGUCUUUGUGUUUGCAUGUGUUCUGUCUCUCAGUGGUUAAUCCUUGUCUUCCUGGAGAAUGAGAAAUGCAGUGGAAGAGAUGACUUUAUGAACUCGAAAGAGGUGUCAAUGGACAGAACAGCACACAGGACUGAUGGGUGAGGAGCUGGUGUUUUUCUCCCAGCUUACUUUCAACUGCUACAUGCUGUGGGAGAAACCCCAUUUCUUCCACCGUGGUCCUCACAUAUUCUAAACAAUUCAUUUGGAGCAAGGAGAAACAAUUACUGGAUAUAUGGGCAGUGAUAUGGGGGAAUUGGGCUUGCUGACAUCCUUUAUAAGGGUACAGAUAAAAUGUCUGCACAGGUUGGUUUAGCAGCAAGUAAAGGCAGAAGCCAUGGAAAGACUUCACAAAUGCAAAAGGCUACAACCCCUUGGAGGCUAAGAAAUCACUUAGCAUGGAGCACCAGGCUGUAAUUAGGAAAGGGAAAACACCAGCUGAGCAUUGUGAAGCUCUUGCUGCCCAUGAGAUGUGUUGAGCCACUCAGGAAUUGCCCAGGGGAGAGUAAUGGAAAAGUCAUACAAGCCAGAAGAAUGAAGCUUUAAAAACUGUCCUCUAGGAAGGAAUCCAACAUGAACUGGCAGACUUGUCCACUUUUUACUGCCAUCUUCUGAGAUGGAGGACAAUUAGCUGUUUGGGCUUUUUAUCUUUCUUUUUUAAGUUGUUGGUUAGUUAAUACUGACCCAAGAAGUUGGCUAAGAAAUCAAUGAAUUUGGGGAAUUGCUUUUUUGUUUUCAUAGCAAAACAUCUGUGUUGUCCUGUAGCUUUGACCUCAUGCUGCAUUUACAGGAAGAGACAUCAGCCACUUUCAGCCUUGGGUGCAGUGUUUUGAACUCUCAUAGUUUAUAGGAGAGACUGGUUGUUUAAGAACGUUUGACCUAAUUCAUCCCUCAGAUUCAUGGCAAAUUUGAGACUGACCUUUAAAUGGAAUAAUUUGGCUCAAGGUUUUUCUUUAUUUCCUCCAGACAGCCACAUCCACGUAUCCCUGUUAAGUACAUUCCCUUCUUAGGGCAUUUGUGUUCCCACGAGCCCCAAGCUUUUGACCAUUUAAUAAUUUCAUAGAAUCAUUUAUUUGGAACGGCCCUCUAAGAUCGCCGGGUCCAGCCAUUCCUCCAGCGCUGCCAAGCCCACCACUGAACUGUGACAGUAAUGCCACAUCUACACGUCUUGUAAAUCCCUCCAGGGACUUAAUAUUCAUCUUGUGUAGUUCAAAUGGAAAUGCUUUCAAGAGUGAGCUGCACUCCAAUUAACAUCCGACUUUCUGAGAGUAUUUCUUGAGCAUCUCUCAUGCUGUGCAGGGAAAGCUUGCUAUAUGUAAAAAUCUGUCUUACUGUUUGAAAAAUGUUGGCUGAUUUUCCCAUGAAUUUAUGAAAAUACUGCUUUUGGUUACUUUGUGCCUGUGUGUAACAGUCUUGAGUGCAUCAGAGCAAGACUAGGAAUGAUCUUCUUUGAGCUUCAAAAAUGCUUUCUAAAAAAAAAAAUGUUGAUUUUGCAAAUAGGUCUUGUUCUCAACAGACAAAACCAAUGCAGAUUCAUCCUCACAGUAGCAAUUCGUAAAACUGGGUGCAAGUCCUACAGUAAGUAGGUGAAAUAAGUGGUGUAGUCACUUGUCACAUAUGGUUUUAGUUAUGUAAAAGCAUGCAGAUAAAAUGGCAGUUCAUUGCUGUGAACACGUGUAUUCUUCUACAGCAAGUCACCAUGAGGAAAACAGAGGCCACAGAAAAAUCUACAUUUAACCUGGUUUUCUUCCUCUGUAAGGUGAGAUGGGUGUGUUGUUGUAGAAAGUGCUGUGUGUCAUCAGUGAUAGAUAAACUGACAGACAAAGCUCAGUCCCUACCCUUGCAAUAGUCACUGCUGUGAAUCUGCUGCUCCCUCCCAAAAGGGGAGAGGAGUGCUUGUGACACUGAGAGGGGCAAAAGCACAGCGUGGACUUGAGCUGAGCCUCUGUGCUUUGUGAAUAGAGGUUUUCUUUAAAGGCGAUUUUUCAGCCAUUGCAAGGUCAUAAGAGCAAGUCAUUCUUUCACGCAGGUUCUUAAGGUAUUUCCUCAUAUUCUUGUUACACUUUUUAAAGAAGAAAAUCCUGAAAUGUCAAAGCCUUCAGGGGGCUACUCAAUGCUCUGGUGCCAAGGGGCACAAAUCCCAUCAGUGCCUUGUCCUGGGCAUGCCGGUUCACCGCGGCUGAAAUCAAGGCCAGCAGCUGAUGCUCUGUUGCCCAACCAGUGCUGCCUCUCAGCGUUGUACAGACAUGUUGCUCCGUACCCAGACUGUGGGAUGCAAGGAACCUGCCUCACAAUGACCCCAUUGAUGCAGGAAGGCACCACGCAGUGUGAACAGCCUCUUGGAAAACUGGCUCUUGAGCAUCUGCAUGCCUCUGUAGAGCUAAGAAAAUGCUCCCAAAAUUACGAGGAGUAUGAUUUGUUACCUAUUGCAGGCAGCCCUGGGCACAACAGUGAUCCCGUUAUGUGGGCCUGGUGAAAUGGAGAACUGCACCACAGCGCUCAUCCAGACAGAGAACAGCCCACGUGUGGCCCAAGUGGGGAUAACGAGAUGCAAGCCUGAAAUGAAGGACUACUGCUUCCAUGGGCAGUGCGUGUACAUCGUGGACUUGGAUGAACACUACUGCAGGUGUGACGUGGGGUUCUCUGGAGUGCGGUGUGUGCACUCGGAGCUGGUCCGGCAGCCCCUCAGCAAGGAGUACGUGGCACUGACGGUUAUCGUGGUUCUGCUCUUCGUCGCUGCCAUCUCCCUUGCAAGCUACUACAUCUACAGGAGGUACCGAAACAAGAGGAGGCAAACAAACGCCAGUGAAUACAAGGAAGUUGGUGCCCUAUAGGAGAGACGGUGACCUCCUGCAGUGUUCCAUUCAUCUGGAUGGACUCCGUGGCUUCCCAUCUAUUUAAAUAUUAUUUUUAUUAUUAAUAUUUACUAUAUUUAUAACCUUAAAAAAAUUUCAAUUGUUUGGUGAUUCAAUCUGUAUAGGUCAAGCAUUUUAUUUGCAGUGUUUUAUUUUUUUAUUAAAUAAUAUUUCCUAAAGGAAACCCCACCUAAGUGGUUCUGUGGGAUAGAGAUAUAUUUUUAUAAAAACCCAUCUUCUUGCUCUGGAGAGAAGAAUUUUAUAUUUAUUCUUGUGAAUAUACUCAAAGCAAUUGUAUUCCUUGAAAUAAAAGUUCAGACAAAGUCAAAA